AUGCCACGACAGGCUCUCGUUCUCGAUGGACUUUGGUAUUGCCUUUGUCCAUCAUUCAGUUUAACCGCUAUAAAUCGCCCAGGCGUAUCUUUCAUCCGAAGAAAGCGAAGCAGUGUACCACCAACCUCCGCACGUUGGAUAUCGGCAUCCCCGCAAAGAUGCCACAACAACAAUCUUACGAGAGCUGGGAACGGAGGCAAGACGCAAAAUGAAACAGCCGAAAAUCUUGAAUCGGAAACCGGGGAGCAAGCUUCACACCAGCUGAACGAGGACCAACACCCCCGACAAGAUGCCGACACGUCGCGGAAUACGGGAAGCUCUACCGAAGGACAAUUCGCCAGACAUUCGCCCGGGGUACCUAAGCAUAUUGAAAAAAUACCGACUGCGAGCUUGGAAGUGAGGCUUCAGGAUUUGGUUGCGAAAACGCCAAAGGUCAUGAGUGCGACGCAGAUUCUACGAACCCUGAUUAGAGACCGUCAUGUUCGUCCGGAGGUGCGUCAUUACCGGGCAUUGAUACUCGCCAACACGGAUGCAGAGCGUGGAUCGCCAGAGGUUGUUCGUGAAUUACUUGCAGAGAUGGAAGCGAAUGGGAUACCGGCGGAUUCUGGUACCCUCCAUUCCGCAUUACAGGCCCUUGCGGUUCACCCAGAUUACCUUCUACGUCAAGAGAUUGUCCGAACUCUGCGAGAUCGAUGGGUCCCUCUGAGUCCUGCCGGUUGGCAUUGGGUGGUAGCUGGUCUUUUGAGAGAGCAGCAAUUCGAAUUGGCUAUCGAUCACAUUGCGCAUAUGGAGAGACAGGGUAUUAUGGCUGAAAACUGGCUGCAUAGCCUUCUCAUAUAUAGCCUCUGCGAUGUCGGGGAGUUUGACGAGGUGCUACGACUGAUACGAUCUCGGACAAGUCAGGGUCACGACAUGACGCUGGAUCUAUGGUCGUAUGUAUUGAAGGUGGCGAGCGAAGCCAUUCAUCAUGAAACGACUAUCUAUGCGUGGAGGCAGAUGGUCGAGUUGGGUUAUCUUCGCCCUUCGUACGCUAUUUGCAGUAGCGUCUUGACGGUCGCGUCUCGCACAGGGGAUGUUGGCCUUGCGGCCUCGGUAGCCUGUUUCUUGACCGAGCACGGGGAUCCUCUUAAGUUGGAGGAUUACGAGAAGAUGGUUGAUGCCCAUGUUACGCGUGGAAACCUGUUCUCUGCGUUCGAGGUUCUCUGCACCAUGCACGAGUCGGGAAUUGCGUUAGAGGAGAGCUCCACCCGUUCCAUCCUGGCUUUUAUGUUACAGGAAAAGAAGAAUCCCCGAAAUGCAUGGGAGAUGCUCAAGCAGUUGAAGACGAUGAAGCACAACAUUCCACUCGGCUGUGCAAAGGUCAUCAUUGAACUGUGUGAGCGUAACGCUCUAUAUGACCCUUUCGCCGUAGACGACGGGGUUCGGUUAUACAAGGAGCUCUACGCUCUGUGUCCUGGAGGAGCGGACGUCUCGGUUUACAACUCACUGAUAAAUAUGUGUCGCCGGGCCAAGGACCGGGAAGCGGGCAUGUUUAUCGUGAAAGAAAUGGCAUCUCUUGGCGUGGUUCCCAAUGCGCGGACGUUUGAGCAUCUCACCAUAAUGUGCCUGGAGGCAGGAAACUUCCGAUCGGCCUACUUGUACUUUCACGAUCUGCUUGAACGAGAGUUCACACCUGGAGAAGACGCACAGGCGGAAAUCCGGGAUCUGUGCUCUGGAUCGAGCGACAGUUAUGCGAUACAGCUACGAUAUCAUUCGCAAAUCCGGGGCGAAGCGGUGCGCUGCGUGGAUGAGAGUGGUUCGGCUUCGGGACCGAUGCCGCUGAUUAAAAAGAUUCCAUCCGAUGCACCGGAAGAAUACUCGAACAGAGACCAGAACUUCAAACGCCGAGCGCCUCAUCGCAUUGUCUCGAAAGAGGAGCGACGGGCGGAGACCAAGGAACUGCGAAAGAAGAAGAGAAGACGGGAAGCGAUUGCCCGGGCUCAAGAGGAGGAGGGAUGGUUAGAGUAUGAGCCAGGGGGGCUUGUACCGCAGGAUGAAUUAAGUGCAAAGCUGAAGGAAGAUUAA